UCCGGUGUGUUCAAACGUCGCUCCCAGAAGUUGCCACGAAUACACAGACAGCGGCAUGAUGUGGAGGCUAGUAAGCUGCACACUGUGCCUCUUUGUCUCCUCACAGAUCGGUUUAUGGUGCGUUUUGGCGACAACAGCUGAUCUGGACAGCGAGGUCAAGAUUGAAGUUUUGUUCAAGCCCGAGGAGUGCACUCAAAAGAGCAAAAGAGGAGAUCUGAUGAACGUCCAUUACGAUGGGUUCCUCGCCAAAGAUGGUUCUCAGUUCUACUGCAGUCGAUCAGACAAAGCUGGGCACCCUCAGUGGUUUGUGCUGGGCGUUGGACAAGUCAUCAAGGGCCUUGAUAAAGGGAUGGAAGACAUGUGUCCUGGAGAGAAACGAAAAAUAACCGUUCCACCUGGCCUGGCCUUUGGAGAAAAAGGCAAAGAUCCUGUCCCGCCCAACGCUACGGUGGUCUUUGAAGUGGAGGUCUACUCUGUUUCCAGGGGACCACGCAGCAUGGAGGCUUUCGGACACAUGGACCUUGAUAAGGACAGAAGUCUCACAAAGGCUGAGGUAAAAGCAUACUUGAAACUGGAGUAUGAAAAAGGUGGGAAGCCACGUGAUGACCCGUUCUAUGAGAAGAUCAUGGCAGAUAUAUUCCGCAAGAGCGACAAAGACAGCGACGGACACAUCAGUGCCAAGGAGUAUAAUAUAUACGAACACGAUGAGCUCUAAUGUUGGAUGUGGAUCUUGGAAAUUAUUUUAAAUGAUGUACUUUGAUCAAUUAGAGAGAAAACAUGAAUAGGUAAAGGAAAAAGCCAGAUGUUCUCACAAUGCAGAUGGUUUUUUUUCUCCCUAUGAAAAUAUUGAAGCAGUGAAUAUUACAAUGAGACACCACUUUGUCCAUGUUUGACCAGUUAUCAAAGCCUAAAUGGGAUCUAAAAUGCUGAAGAAUCAGCCCCAGCUGUUCUGAGGUGGAAUUUUCCUUUAAAAAGUAGACUAGAAGUGUUGAGGUGUUUGGAGUCACUAAGACAUUUUUCCAUACCAGCAAACUAGCCACUCAUUUUUAAUACUAAGUAUUAAACUAUGCAAGAACAUCUCCAACACAUAAGGAAACUUUUGUGCAAAUACCACUAAAUUUCGCAUUUGAAUUCAUUUUUUUCUUUUUUUUUUUAAGUCUUGUGUCCCGAUGAACAUUGCAGCACAAAGAAGAAACCACUGUGUUGCACAAUGUCCUUGGCUUUGAAACUGUCAUGUGACUGUCAUAUGAGAUCUGAGAGGAUGGUUUAACCAGAGUUGAGAAAAAAGAGCCAAAAUUGUCCCAUCCUUCCUGUGAAUUUCCUCUGCAAUAUCACACCAGUGUACGGAUCCAUAGAGUUUGUUGAAAGGAUGUUUGUUCUGUCCAUUAUAAACAAGCCGGUAUUGGUGGCUGUGUUUGACCAGUUUGAUAAUAAAGUGUUGUGGUUUUUCUGAUAUUUUUUCAAAGUUUUUUUACAUCUUAAU